AUGGCCAGCGCAAGCGACGAUACUAGCACGAUGUCUGGGUACCAGAGGCUCCUGCAGCAACCCGAGCUAUCUCCUGUGGUGGUCUCGAAACCCACCGUGAUGGCUCCUGGCAGGGAGAAUCCAUACCCUCUCAUUGUUCAUGUCCCCAAGAGCGAGUGCCGAAAGACGGAAUUCGAAGUUGGUGAGAACAUCAUGGUCUCGGGUAUUCUCUCCCUGCACUGCUUCUGUAAUGGAGAGCAGCAGGCUUCAGCUCGGCGCUUCGGCUUACGGUGCCCCAAGAUUGCCUUUGUGGGCGAGUUGUGCUACUUUUGCUUCGGCAGCCUCACCAUGCCCGAGGACGUCACAGAGGGAUCCUAUUUCUUCUCUAUCCUCUGCCAGUUCUUCCAACCCUUCAAGCUGCUGAAAAACGGCAGGUCUAGCGGCGGGGAGGGACUGACAGGCCGGGUCCGAUCACCCGUCUUCAUUACACGCCAGGUAGCGCCGGGUGGCGUCCUCGGUGUCGGCCCCGACAUACUGAGGCUCUUCAUUGAGAACCCUGUUGAUGACAACGAAGAGAACAAAGCCCCGGCCCUGCCCCUCUCGACCCAUGCCUGA